AUGGGAUGGGACGUUUUGAAUCGUCGAUACGACUUCACAAAGCCCCGCGACAAGUACAAGAUCUUGGAGCCAUACGGCCCCAACGUCGCCACGGCUGAAGGAAGCACAUACCGGUUCCACGUCCGCAUUACCGCGCCGCCAUUCUCGGACGGCAGCGGGGUCAACGAGCUUGUCUGGAAAGAGACGCAGCGGCAGACGCAGCUUUUAAUGCAAGACUGGACCGAGAAUCAGCCAGAGAAUAUCGGCGAGGAUGUCAACGCCCUGACACUCGCCGUCAUUUCGCUUGCCGGGUUUGGCAAGAGGCUCGAGUCGGUGAAAGACCAGACCCAAGAUAUCCCCCCUGGCUACAGGCUGAGCUUUCUGCGCGCCAUCAGCGAUACCACGGCAUAUAUGCUUGCGAUUCUCGUCUUCCCGAGCUGGCUGCUGGAGCUUACGCCGUAUGCAAAGGCGAGUCUUGCGAAGAAGCAGCUUGAGAAAUACAUGUACGCCAUGAUUCGCCAGGCGAAGCAGCGCAUCGAAUCGGUUGUGCAAGCUGCGCAUGACGAGUCCGAGGAUCGGUCAACAAAGGAGCCGGCCCAAUCUCCUCGAAGGGGCUUCAAUGAGGAUGAAGUCGCCGGAAACCUAUUCAUCUACCUGCUUGCCGGUUACGAGACGACGGCCAACGCUAUUGUUUACGCUCUUGUUGUGUUGGCGCUGAGGCCAGACAUCCAGGCGAAGGUUGUGGAGGAGGUCGACCGCGUCUAUGCCGAGGCCGCUGCCGACGGCCGCAGCGCACUCACUUACAAGGACGAUUUUGCCAAGUUGGCAUACUCUUACGGCUUCAUGUACGAAACGUUUCGUCUGUACCCCGGCGUCACCCUCAUCACCAAGAUAUGCCGCCAAGCGCAACAUGUCCAGGUUUCCGACGAGUCUGGCGGCAGCGCGAGGGAUGUCAUUCUCCCCGCGGAGUGCAGGGUCUACCUCUCCUGUCCAGGAGUGCAUUACAACCCCAAGUACUGGCCAGAGCCGCAGCAGCUCGACCCGGACCGAUGGUGCACGGCCACCUUGCUGCGGCAGCUCGAGGUCUCUUUUGCACCCGGCGUAGACGCCGAGAAAGUCCGGCGGGAUCUGAAUCGCAAGUCCGCGGGCAAGAUCACCCUGGCGCCCGUCGAGGAAUUCCGGCUGGCACUUCGCAAAAGAGAGGCCUUCACCACCUAA